AUGUCCAUGUUUGCCCGAAGCCCGGUGUCUCGUGUAGUCUAUACCCUUGCGGAAUUUUCCCGCAACACACUGAAUGUGGAUCCUGUUCUACUUGUGAACUCUGGACUUAUUGUGGUUGGCCUCAUCACUUCACUCCGCUCCGCUGGGAAUGUAUUAUACAGCUACGCCGAAAAGACAUGCUUGUCAACUGUACACGUGAGGGCAGAGGACCCCCUCUAUGAUGAUAUCGUCCGAUGGAUGAACGAUCAUGCUUUCCAGCGUCGCAAUUUUCUCUCCGUCUUGGCACAGACUACGAACCGCUCCGACAACGACAAGGCUUUAAUACGAUCUCCAUUAGCGCAUCCGAAUUCUGACGGGCUGAUCAGCUACCGGGAAGUAGAGGACAACUCGUUCUUGGAGCUUAAGCCUUUCCGUGGAUCACGUCUCUUUCGCUUCAAGCGAACGUGGAUGCUUUUCACUCACGCAGCGAGUAGCCCUGAAAGUGUUCCACAAGUCGAUACCAAUCCCCCGUUGAAGUUGCAGUGCCUCAGUCUUUCGCUUUCUCCGAUCAGGAACUUCCUCGACGAAGUUCGUGCCUACGGCCGUAAGGUCUCUGUGUCUAGCAUUACAGUCUACCGCACUAAGCCCAAUUCCCGAGACCACAUCCGUUGGAGCUCAGCCGCUUCGCGACCAUCCAGAGACAUCUCCACUGUGAUCCUUGAUAAUCACAAGAAAGAAACCAUCCUACGGGAUAUCAACGAGUACCUUCAUCCGCAUACAAGGCAAUGGUAUGCUAACCAUGGCAUCCCGUAUCGGCGUGGAUAUCUGUUCUCCGGGCCCCCGGGCACAGGCAAGACGAGUCUUGCAUCUGCGAUUGCGGGUGUCUUCGGUCUGGAUAUAUAUGUGCUGAGCUUGCUCGAUCCUACCAUGACAGAAUCGCAAUUCAGCAGGAUGUUCUCUGAGGUGCCUACGCGGUGCGUGGUGCUUUUGGAGGAUGUCGAUGCUGCAGGGUUGAAUAGAGGUGGUCUGGCGUCAAGCGAAGAUCUCACUCAAUCAGGACCAGAGACCAAAACACUAGUAAACACAUCUGUAUCUCUUUCCGGCCUGCUCAAUGCAAUCGACGGUGUUUCGUCCCAAGAGGGUCGCAUAUUGAUUAUGACAACAAAUACGCCGCAGCGGUUGGAUCGCGCUCUCAUUCGGCCUGGUCGCGUGGACAUCCAUAUUCGAUUUGAGCUUCCAUCUCAAGAGGAAUUGCGAGAUCUCUUCUUGAGCAUAUACAGCGACAUGUUUGAAAACGCCGAAUUCUCUCCGGGGGAGCAGAAGAUGGACAUGGCAAGGCUGAAUGAACUGGCAGUGCACUUUGCAGGGUGCCUACCGGAGAGGCAAUAUAGUCUUGCUGAAGUACAAGGCUUUCUUCUGCAGUAUAAACGCCGACCGGAGGAGGCUUGUGACAAUAUCAUAAGCUGGGUCGAGGAGAUGGAAUAUGAAGAAUAG